AGCUUCAAGGAUGCCGAUCUAAAGCGUCGUAUCAAGAAGCUUACCGAUCUGGGAUAUGCGGCCCUCGAUGAGGACAAGUUCUCCCAGCUCGUAGACGCUAUCUCGCGUAUGCAGGAGAACUAUGCUACUGCGAAGGUGUGCCAAUAUCGGAACGCAACGAACUGCAACUUCGGGCUGGAACCGGAACUAACUGAGACAUUGGCGAAGAGUCGCGACCCUGAAGAGCUUAAGUAUUAUUGGGUGCAGUGGCACGAAGUUGCUGGUAAGCCGGUACGUAAAGACUUUGAUGAGUACGUGGCGUUGAACAGAGAGGCCGCUCAACUGAACAAUUUCACCUCCGGGGCUGAGUACUGGCUAGAUGCUUACGAGGAUGAUACAUUCGAGCAACAGGUUGACGCCGCGAUUGAACAGAUCCGUCCUCUGUACGAACAAAUCCAUGGUUAUGUUCGGUACAAGCUAAGGAAACACUAUGGCAGUGACAUUGUGUCUGAGAAGGGACCGAUACCGAUCCAUCUGCUAGGCAACAUGUGGGGACAAACGUGGGAUAACAUUGCCGAUAUUACGACUCCCUUCCCUAAUAAAAAGCUGCUUGAUGUUACCGAAGAGAUGGUGCGCCAAGGUUACACGGCGGUAAAGAUGUUCCAAAUGGGCGAUGAGUUCUUCCAGUCGCUGAACAUGACCAAGCUGCCACCCACUUUCUGGGAGAAGAGCAUCUUGGAGAAACCGGAUGACGGUCGUGAGCUAGUGUGUCAUGCCAGUGCAUGGGAUUUCUACAAGAAGGACGAUGUACGCAUUAAACAGUGCACGCGCAUUAACAUGGAGGACUUCUUCACGGUGCACCAUGAGCUAGGACACAUCCAGUACUAUCUGCAGUAUCAGCAUCUGCCAAGCGUUUAUCGCGAGGGAGCUAAUCCUGGUUUCCAUGAGGCGGUCGGUGAUGUCCUUUCCUUGUCCGUUUCUACACCAAAGCAUCUCGAGAAGAUCGGCCUGCUGAAGGGCUUUGUGCUGGACGAGGAAUCGAAACUGAACCAGUUCUAUCAGGCGGGUCUAUCGAAGCUGGUGUUCCUGCCAUUCGCCUACACGCUGGACAAGUAUCGGUGGGAAAUUUUCCGCGGUGAUGUUAAGCCGGAACAUUACAACUGUAAGUUCUGGGAGAUGCGCUCGAAAUACUCCGGUUUGGAGCCCCCGGUAGACAGGAGCGAGAGUGAUUUUGAUGCUGCGGCGAAGUAUCACGUUUCGGCGGAUGUUGAGUAUCUGCGCUACUUUGUGUCGUACAUUGUACAGUUCCAGUUCCAUCGGGCUGCUUGCCAAAAGGCAGGACAGUACGUAAAGGGUGAUCCAGAGAAGACGCUUAACAACUGCGAUAUCUACCAGAGUGCUGAGGCGGGCAAUGCGCUGAAGGCUAUGUUGGCAAUGGGAUCUUCCAAACCGUGGCCGGAUGCGAUGGAAGUGCUGACUGGGCAGCGUAAGAUGAGUGCCGAUGCGUUGAUCGAAUACUUCCAGCCACUUUACGAUUGGUUGCUAAAGGAGAAUAAAGCCCUUGGAGCUUUCGUUGGAUGGGAGGAAAAAUCUAAAUGCAAAUCAUCUUAAACCAUUGCAACUACAUUACGCAGAAUAAUGCAUCGCCCAUUUAUGAUCUCCAGACCAUUAAAAGGUGUCGACGCAUGUCGACGCCAGGAUAUUGCUAAUCUUCUGGAGUAGAACGUUAUCGUUGAACUUCUCAAUAAAGUAA